GUGUCCAGCUGCUGCAGGCCCCAGUGCUGCAUCUCCAGCUGCUGCCGCCCCAGCUGCAGCCAAUCUGUGUGUUGCCAGCCCACCUGCUGUCGCCCUAGUUGCUGCCUCUCCAGCUGCUGCCAGCCCUCUACCUGUGGCUCCAGCUGCUGCUCCAUUUCUAGCUGCUGCCGGCCCUCUUGCUGUGGUUCUAGUUGCUGUGGCUCCAGCUGCUGCCGUCCCUCCUGCUGCCUGCGCCCAGUCUGUGGCAGGGUCUCCUGCCACACCACUUGCUAUCGCCCCACCUGUGUCAUCUCCACUUGCCCCCGCCCCGUGUGCUGCCCCUCCCCUUGCUGCUGAGCCCCCUGCCCCGUGAUCACCAUCUCUGUUUACCUCUGUCCCCACAGAUGUAGACUCUCCUUUUGUGCUG